AUGGCUUUCCUGAACGACGAAAAGAAAUUGGAAAUAAUCACAAAAUUCUUACUAGAUAGUCCUCCAGGAGAAGUUAAUGAUGUAUAUAAUGACCUUAGGUCGCUUAUGAACAAUCCCGUAGUCUUUAAGGAAGGCGUUCUUACGGCUUUAGAACAAUACAACACGGAACAAUUUGUUACAGUCACGCCACCCGGACAAGAACAUAAUGUUAUCAUCUCCAAGUACGGCCAAAUUGAGCCAAACAUUUUCGUAGAUCCUAAAUCACAUCAAAAGUUUCGCUUUGAUCAUAUGCAACAAGUUGCAACUGAUCCCGAGCCAUAUGAACCAGAUGAAGCGACAGAACCCUUGAGGGCUGCUUUAGAAACAGCCGUUCAAAAUUAUAUUACAGAUCAUUAUCCCGACGGCAUUGCUACCGUUUAUUCAACACAAGAUUCAACAUUGACUAUAGCAAUCGUGGACAAUAAAUAUAACCCUGAUAAUUUUUGGAACGGCAGAUGGCGUUCUGCAUGGGUAAUUACACCGACAACAGGAGAAAUAAAAGGGACUGUUAAAGUGAAUGUGCAUUAUUUUGAAGAUGGAAACGUUCAACUCAAUACUGAGAAAACGCAUGACGGAACAGUAAAAAUCGAUGCAGAGAAUCCGGAAACUGCUGCUGCUGCUAUUGCAAAAUAUAUCCAUAAAGUGGAAGAUGAUUUUCAAAAGUCUCUCAACGAUGCGUACAUUGAAUUGAACGAGAAUACUUUCAAAGAAUUGAGACGAGCUCUUCCCCUAACACGACACAAGAUUGAUUGGGAUAAGAUUAUGAAUUAUAAAAUUGGGCAAGAAUUGGCCGGAAGGGAAUAG